GGGAAGCCAUGCGCUGCCCCCGGCGUCCUUGGACUCCGAGUCUGAGUCGGUUCGGACCCAGGAGCGGGGCCCUCGGCGGAGUCGGACGGGAUCGCUGAGACAGGAAGUCCCUGGGCAGGGGCAGGGACAGGGGCCCCCUCUCACCUGGGUCCGCAGCGCCUGACACCCAGAGUGGGCGUCUGGAAGGUUUGCUGAUCAAAUGAUUGACCGCGUCUGAUCAGCCCUGCACCUGCUCUGGGGUGAGGGGUGCGGGUCCUGGACGCCCGCUGAGGCCCACGAGGGGCUGGCGGGGUGGGAGUGUCCCUCUCCCGAGGAGCAGGCGCGGUGCGGACGGCAGCGUUUGUGGCGGGAGCGGAGGGCCUGUUGGGGAUGAGAUAAGAGGGCUCCCGAGAAGACGGGGCUGGCCACGUCAGAGCUGGGGGACCCGCUGAGGACUGUCUGCGAUGAUGGGAAUGCGGCACCUGUGCUCCCCCUGGUCACCGAGCCAGCGAGUGUGGCUAGUGUCACUGCUAAUUGAAUUUCUAAUGUUAAAACGUCAACGCAACUUUGAAUGACCACACGUGGCGGGCGCUGCUGGGUCGGACAGCACCAGGGACACUGCCGCCUCCGGAGCAGCUGCAGCUGCGGGACAUGUGAGGGACAGACCGAGGCAGGAAGACUGACAGAGUCUGUGCUGAGGGCUGGGCAAGGCGGCACUUGGAUGGGGCAAGAGGCCACACGUGUGUGUGAGCAGGGACGCUGGCAGGACCGAGGGCAGGAGGGAGGAAGCGGGGUUGAGAGGGGCUCUUGGCUGGAGAAGGCCAGGCCUGCAGUGGCGUGCCCUCAGGGCGCUGGUGGGGUUGGCCUCUGGAGAGAGGCUGGACCCAGCUGGAUUUGUGGCCUGGCCGCCCCGCUGGCCCAGCAGCCCUGCCCCAGGCCACCUCACUGUAGACGGUCAGGCCUGAUAUCCUAGAGCCGAGAUGUUAGUUCCGGCGCAGCCAACGUGUGUCCGGCUCUUUGCCGGCCCUGCAGUGGGCACUCGGACUGUGGAGGGAGCCAGACGUGGUCCCUGUCGCCCCACCUCCCCUUUCCGUGUGGGAAGCCCAAAACCUCUGCUUCCUUUGUCCUGGGUUGGACUCGGGAGUGCUCUGCCUCCAGCCUCGCCUGCUCCUGGACCUUCCUGCCAUCGCAGGGCUGAGCUCAGGUGCAAGAGCCCCAGGCCGGCCAGGCGUCGACAGGGUCUGCAUCUGGCUCGGCCUCAGGACCGCCACAGCCCACGAGAGAUGAAGGAUGGCGUCCAAGGGGACCGGCGUGUCCUUCUCCCGCAAGAGCUAUCGGCUGACCUCAGAUGCCGAGAAAUCCAGGGCCACUGGCAUCGUGCAUGAGAAGCUGCUUAACGACUACCUGCACCGCAUCUUCUCCCCUGACGGAGCACCUGCCUCGGCCACCAGCAGGAAACCCCUGAACUUCCAGAACUUGCCAGAGCAUCUGGACCAGCUGCUACAGGUGGAUGGCGAGGACGAGGAGAGCCAGGGACAGGUGGAAGGGCGGCUCGGCCCAUCCACUGUGCUCCUGGACCACACGGGUGGCUUCGAGGGUCUUCUCCUAGUAGACGACGACCUCCUAGGGGUGAUCGGCCACAGCAACUUCGGCACCAUUCGCUCCACCACGUGUGUGUACAAAGGGAAGUGGCUCUACGAGGUGCUCAUCUCCUCCCAGGGGCUCAUGCAGAUCGGCUGGUGCACCAUCAACUGCCGCUUCAACCAGGAGGAGGGCGUUGGAGACACACACAACUCCUACGCCUAUGACGGCAACCGGGUGCGCAAGUGGAACGUGACCACCACAAAUUACGGCAAGGCCUGGGCCGCGGGGGACAUCGUGAGCUGCCUGAUCGACCUGGAUGACGGUACUCUGUCCUUCUGCCUGAAUGGUGUGUCACUGGGCACUGCCUUUGAGAACCUGUCCAGGGGCCUGGGCAUGGCCUACUUCCCAGCCAUCAGCCUCUCUUUCAAGGAGUCCGUGGCCUUCAACUUCGGCAGCCGACCUCUGCGCUACCCGGUGGCAGGCUACCGGCCCCUGCAGGACCCGCCGUGUGUGGACCUGGUGCGAGCACAGAGGCUGCUGGGCUGCUUCCGGGCAGUGCUCAGCGUGGAACUGGACCCUGUGGAAGGGCGGCUGGUGGAAAAGGAGGGCUCUGAGUGGCGGCUGCAGGGCCAGCCCACUGUCCUCCUCACGCUGGGCCACAUCUUCCAGCACUUCGCGCCAUUGCUGUGCAAAGUGUACCUGGUGGAGGCCGUGCUCCUGGGCUUCCUGCUGGGCAUCGUGGAGAAGGGCCCGGUCGCGCAGGCCCGGUCCGUGGUGCACCAGGUCCUGGACCUCCUGUGGCUCUUCAUGGAGGACUACGAGAUCCAGGAUUGCCUCAAGCAGCUGAUGAUGUCGCUGCUGCGGCUGUACCGGUUCUCGCCCAUCGUCCCAGACCUGGGCCUGCAGAUCCACUACCUGCGGCUCACCAUCGCUGUCCUGCGGCACGAGAAGUCCCGCAAGUUUCUGCUGAGCAACGUCCUCUUCGAUGUGCUCCGGUCCGUGGUCUUCUUCUACAUCAAGAGCCCCCUGCGAGUGGAGGAGGCCGGCCUGCAGGAGCUCAUCCCCACCACCUGGUGGCCCCACCGCUCCAGCAGGGAGGGCAAAGAAGGGAAGGAGGCGAGGGAGGAGACGGCGGAGGAGCGGCUGCGGCGGCGCGCCUACGAGAGGGGCUGCCAGAGGCUCAAGAAGGGGCGGGCGGGGGCCUGCCUAGUGGUGGAAGAACUGCAGGUGCAGAUCCUGAGACUGCUGCUGGACAAUAAGGAUGACAACGGGGGCGAGGCCUCUAGGUACAUCUUCCUGACCAAGUUCCGGAAGUUUCUGCAGGAGAAUGCCAGCGGCCGGGGGAACACGCCCGUGUUGUGCCCGCCCGAGUACAUGGUGUGCUUCCUACACCGGCUCAUCUCGGCCCUGCGCUCCUACUGGGACGAGUACAAGGCUGCCAACCCCCGCGCCUCCUUCAGUGAGGAGGCCUACGUGCCACCCCAGGUCUUCUAUAACGGCAAGGUGGACUACUUCGACCUGCAGCGCCUCGGGGGCCUCCUCUCACACCUGCGGAAGACCCUCAAAGAUGACCUGGCUUCCAAAGCUAACAUCGUGAUUGACCCACUGGAGCUGCAGGCGGCCACCAUGGACGACCUGGACGAGGACGAGGAGCCAGCCCCGGCUGCGGCCCAGCGCCCCAUGCAGGCCCUGGCUGUGGGGGGCACGCUGCCCCUGCCCCGGCCGGGCUGGCUCAGCUCACCCACCUUGGGCCGCACCAACCGCUUCCUCAGCACGGCGGCCAUGAGCCUCAUGACCCCGCGGCGGCCUCUGAGCACCUCGGAGAAAGUGAAAGUCCGCACUCUGAGCGCGGAGCAGAGGACCCGGGAGGACAUUGAGGGCAGCCAUUGGCACGAGGGCCUGUUGCUGGGGAGGCCCCCCGAGGAGCCGGAGCAGCCCCUCACGGAGAACUCGCUGCUGGAAGUGCUGGACGGCGCCGUCAUGAUGUACAGCCUCAGCGUCCACCAGCAGCUGGGCAAGAUGGUGGGAGUGUCCGACGACGUCAACGAGUAUGCGAUGGCUCUGAGGGACACAGAGGACAAGCUCCGCCGGUGCCCCAAGCGGAGGACGGACAUCCUUGUAGAGCUGACCAAGAGCCAGAAGGUUUUCUCAGAAAAGCUGGACCACCUGAGCCGCCGCCUCGCCUGGGUCCACGCCACCGUCUACUCCCAGGAGAAGAUGCUAGACAUCUACUGGCUGCUGCGCGUCUGCCUGCGGACCAUCGAGCACGGCGACCGCACCGGCCCCCUGUUCGCCUUCAUGCCGGAGUUCUACCUGAGCGUGGCCAUCAACAGCUACAGCGCGCUCAAGAAUUACUUCGGCCCAGUGCACAGCAUGGAGGAGCUGCCAGGCUACGAAGAGACCCUGACACGCCUGGCUGCCAUCCUGGCCAAACACUUUGCCGACACCCGCAUUGUGGGCACCGAUAUCCGCGACUCGCUGAUGCAGGCGCUGGCCAGCUACGUAUGUUACCCACACUCCCUGCGGGCCGUGGAGCGGAUACCCGAGGAGCAGCGCGUGGCCAUGGUGAGGAGCCUCCUGGCACCCUAUGAGCAGCGGCCCUGGGCCCAAACCAACUGGAUCCUGGUGCGGCUCUGGAGGGGCUGCGGGUUCGGGUACCGCUAUACACGACUGCCUCACCUGCUGAAAACCAAACCCGAGGACGCCAACCUGCCCAGCCUCCAGAAGCCCUGCCCCUCCACCCUGCUGCAGCAGCACAUGGCGGACCUGCUGCGCCAGGGGCCCGACGUGGCACCCAGCUUCCUCAACAGUGUUCUCAACCAGCUCAACUGGGCCUUCUCCGAGUUCAUUGGCAUGAUCCAGGAGAUCCAGCAGGCCGCCGAGCGCCUGGAGCGGAACUUCGUGGACAGCCGGCAGCUCAAGGUGUGCGCCACCUGCUUCGACCUCUCGGUCAGCCUGCUGCGCGUCCUGGAGAUGACCAUCACGCUGGUGCCCGAGAUCUUCCUCGACUGGGCCCGGCCUACCUCAGAGAUGCUUCUGCGGCGGCUGGCUCAGCUGCUGAAACAAGUGCUCAACCGGGUGACGGCCGAGAGGAACCUGUUCGACCGUGUGGUCACCCUGCGGCUGCCUGGCCUGGAGAGUGUGGACCACUACCCCAUUCUGGUGGCGGUGACAGGCAUCCUGGUGCAGCUCCUGGUGAAUGGCCCCGCCGCAGAGAGAGAGCGAGCCACGUCGGUGCUCCUGGCAGACCCCUGCUUCCAGCUGCGCUCCAUCUGCUAUCUCCUGGGGCAGUCAGAGCCCCCAGCACCAGGCACUGCCCUGCCGGCCCCUGACCGGAAGCGCUUCUCCCUGCAGAGCUACACAGACUACAUCAGCACCGCGGAGCUGGCCCAGGUGGAACAGAUGCUGACGCACCUGACCUCCGCAUCUGCCCAGGCAGCAGCCGCCUCCCUGCCCACCAGUGAGGAGGACCUCUGCCCCAUCUGCUAUGCCCACCCCAUCUCGGCCGUGUUCCAGCCCUGCGGCCACAAGUCCUGCAAAGCCUGCAUCGACCAGCACCUGAUGAACAACAAGGAUUGCUUCUUCUGCAAAGCCACCAUAGUGUCUGUGGAGGACUGGGACAAAGCAGCCAGCUCGAGCAGCACCUCUUCGGCUGCCUAGGCCUGCCUCGCCUGCACCGCUCACACCAACCCGGAACUUCCACCGUGAACCCAGCCCCAAGCCGAGCCUUAUUUAUGAGGUCCCCUUGCCCUGUUCCCAGACCACACCCUGCCCCUGCCACAUCCAGCCUCCCCGUGUGCAGCCUCAUUGGUGGAAGUCCAGCGUGGCCCUCCUGUGCCCGAGCUCGGCUUUCAGUCAGGGCCACAGUGAGCAUUAAAUUAUUAUUCUGUA